AUGGUUCUUGAGAAGCUAGACGAAAGAGGAAUGAUGUCAGAGAUUUGUGAUGCUAUGGAUUUGAACCACCACGUCUUGGACCGUGAAGCAACCCAAGUAUCUGGUGGAGAGCUACAACGUUUUUCGAUUGCUGCAGUUUGCCUCAAGAAGCCAGAUAUAUAUGUGUUUAAUAAACCUUUUAAUUUCUUAGAUGUGAGGCACAGGCUCAGAGCUGCUGAAGUUAUAUGUUCCCUCCUAAAACAUGACAAGUUUGGUUCUAUGAUCUCUUUGGUUCUUGAAUACAAUAUGAGGUUGUUCUUUGCGGCUACUUGA